AAAGAUCAUCAUGGCGUGCAGAGACAUGGAGCGAGCACAGGCGGCUGCGAAAGAGGUCAUUGAAAACUCUGGCAAUGAGAAUGUCAUCUGCAUGAAACUUGACUUGGCAGACAGCAAGUCGAUAAGAGAGUUCGCUGAAGCCAUCAACAGAGAUGAGCCGAAGCUCAACAUCCUCAUCAACAAUGCCGGUGUGAUGGUUUGUCCUUACGGGAAAACAGCAGAUGGCUUUGAGAUGCAGAUCGGGGUUAACCACUUUG